UCCUCAUUCACAGAGUAACUCCUCUCAGGCUUUUAAAAAUAAUUGAUGAUUAUGUAUUGAGUGUCUCAUCUCAUAGCCAUUUUAGAAUAUUCUUGUUUAGAUAUAGAAUUUCCGAAUAUUCAGUUAGUUGUAGAUUUGCUUUUUCUUUAUUUAGUUUGUCCAUAAUCAUUUGUAGCAAGCAGUUCACUCGCUGUUAAACUUUCCUUCGAUUUUGGUUUCGGGAGUUAAAGAAGCGGUUUUUAAACUUGUGCCCACCAAACUUUCUUUAUAUGCGUUUGACUAAUUGGUGGGGGCACCUUUUGGUCAAGAAGUCAGUUACCAUUUAAAACCCUUUAAUCAUAUUCCAUCCACCCUGUUACGGGUUGGUUGUUCCGCCUUCUCAUCACUCAUUUUCCGAUGUUUUUGGUUUCUGGGUUUUGAACUGUAAGGGUUUUGAGUUAUUGGGUUUCAUGUUUUGUUUGAGAUUUUGGAUUCUGGGAACUGGUUUUGAAGGGUUUUCAGAGUAGUGGGUUUUAUGUUUUCAUUGUGUUCGAUCAUAUGUUUGUAUUAUCUGUUUUUAUUGAUUUGAGGAUUUGGGGUAGUUACUAGGCGAAUAGAACUGCUGAUUUUGAGUUCCAAUUGUUAAGGUUGUGUUGUUGGUAGAAUGGGGAGUAAUGGGGUUGAUCAAUCAGCGAAACAUUUGGAAGAAGGUGUUAGUAGUAGUCAACAGCCAUGUGAUGAUGAUAUUGAGAAGACUGCUGCUAGUGUCGGUGAAUUCGUAAAGAGGGGUGAUAAGAGCAGUCGACAUGAACAAUUGGAUGCUAGUACGACAGAUAAUAAGAGGGCGAAUUCGGCUAGGCGUUCUCCUGUUCUAGAGAUUUCUCGAUCAAAGGAGUUGUAUGUCACCAAUUCGCCUUGGAAAGGCUUAGAUCAUUGCAGCACCGCUCCUAUUGAAGCCCAUAGAAGUCUAAUGAAUGAUGAUUAUGGGAUUACAUUCUCUCGGUCCAUGACAGAAAAGCUAGAUAGACUUUCCGAGAGGGAAAAGCAACAAUUGAUAGUGAAUUUAGUGAAGAUCCAGAAUGAUGGAACUGUAGAAGUUGAUUUAGAUAAAAGUACACCUGUUGCUUCUGAGUGGUUAGAGCGUCACAAUAUUGGACCACCUAUUACUCUUCAUGAUAAGACUUCUGGAUCCUGUAAAUCGAUUCCAAGGUUGAAAAUUGCCAUACUUGUGGUUGGAACAAGAGGAGAUGUUCAACCUUUCUUGGCUGUGGCAAAGAGACUACAGGAGUUUGGUCAUCAUGUUAGGUUGGCAACUCACGCUAACUUCAGAACUUUUGUAAAAUCGGCAGGCGUAGACUUUUAUCCCUUGGGUGGUGAUCCUCGAAUUUUGGCAGGAUAUAUGGCUAGAAAUAAAGGUCUCAUCCCAUCUGGACCGAAAGAAAUAUUGAUACAAAGGAAGGAACUGAAAGCAAUUAUUGAAUCUCUUCUUCCCGCAUGUACGGAACCAGAUUUGGAAACUGGCGUUCCAUUUAAAGCUCAGGCAAUAAUUGCAAACCCUCCUGCUUAUGGACAUGCACAUGUUGCUGAAGCUCUUGGUGUACCUCUCCACAUCUUCUUCACAAUGCCAUGGACGCCAACGUAUGAAUUUCCUCAUCCACUAGCUCGUGUACCUCAGAGUGCUGGUUACUGGCUUUCAUAUAUUGUUGUGGAUUUACUGAUAUGGUGGGGCAUUAGGGGAUACAUUAAUGACUUUAGAAAAAGAAAGUUGAAGCUUGCUCCAAUUGCCUACUUCAGUACUUACCAUGGAUCAAUAUCUCAUUUGCCAACAGGCUAUAUGUGGAGUCCCCAUGUUGUACCAAAGCCCAGUGACUGGGGAUCUUUAGUUGAUGUCGUUGGAUAUUGUUUCUUGAACCUUGGGUCCAAGUAUCAACCACAAGAGAAGUUUGUCCAGUGGAUUAAAAAAGGGCCCAAACCCAUAUAUAUUGGGUUUGGAAGUAUGCCUCUCGAAGAUUCUCCACAAACAACAGAUAUCAUAUUGGAGGCACUGAAGGACACAGGACAGAGAGGCAUUAUUGAUCGUGGUUGGGGGGAUCUAGGCAGUUUAAAAGAUGUUCCGGUUGAUGUUUUCCGUUUGGAGGAUUGCCCUCAUGAUUGGCUGUUUCCUCAAUGUUCAGCGGUGGUUCAUCAUGGUGGUGCAGGGACCACAGCUACAGGACUAAAAGCAGGGUGUCCAACCACCAUAGUCCCAUUUUUUGGAGAUCAAUUCUUUUGGGGUGAUAGAAUACAUCAAAAAGGACUGGGACCCGCACCUAUACCUAUAUCUCAGCUCAAUGUCGAGAACCUUUCGAAUGCUAUUCGAUUUAUGCUCCAGCCAGAGAUCAAAGCUCAAGCACUAGAGCUAGCAAAGUUGAUAGAGAACGAAGAUGGCGUUGCAGCUGCAGUCGAUGCAUUUCAUCGACAUUUACCACCCGAGUUACCAAUACCGUCUUCAUCAUCAGACGACGAUGAGCAUCCUAUCCCUUUGGAUUGGAUCUUCGCUAAAAUUGGAAAGUGGUGCUGCCUGCCAUGUGGUGGUACCGGUUCGUAGGGUUACUCUAUGCAUGUCUUGGUUGUACAUUAGUUUUUUUGUGUUCCUUUGAUUUAUUUAUUUAUUUUAUAUCAUUUUGAUCUCGCAUUUCAUUCAUUCUAUUAGGGGUUUUUCUUGUUUGCGGUUACUAGGCUUUAUUUACAGAUUUUUUUAACCCAAAAAAAAUAACUAAAAUAGGUUGCAUAGUAUGGUAGUGCAUUAAAACUAUGAAUUCUUUCAAAUAAAUAUUUGGAUUAAUAAUUAUCAUAACAUUUUCUUUUUAA